CGUCCUCGCAUGAUCCCCCACCGGCAAUCUAUUCAUCCAAAAAACUACGGGCACGAGGAAGACAGGGCAAGAGCAGGACAGGGGGUGCAAGGGAGAUUGUGAGACAAAGCCGAGGAGCGGCAAGCAGCGAAAAAGCGGCCUAAAGCUCGGAGGUAGCGUGACGAGGAGGGCGAGAGGGGUGUCGCGAGUCUACUUAAAGAACGCAGAAGCUUCCCCACAAUCGCUAGCCCCCCACGGAGCCCCACACCAUAGCUUUAAGCUGUCCGCGCCAGCCCUUCCUCAACUCUCACCCUCGCCCCAAUCCCCUUCCACGUCUCACGCCCUUGUCAGCCCUUUGCUUCCCCGUAGAACGCCCAACGGCCCGCCCUAUUGGUUCCGUGCCGCUUCGAAAGCAAAACGCCCGGGGUCUUAGCAAGCGCAAGGCCUGUCUCACCCAUCUUUCCUCCCUAUCGACCGCAUCCAAUCCCCAUCAUGUCCUCCUCACCUACCAAGGAAGAGGGCAAGGAGUCUCCCCUUGGCCUGACUACGACCGCCUCUAACGAGUAUGGCCAUCACAACCUCGAUGGCGGCAGGCACAUUGCUCCGCCUAGCAAGAUCACCACCAAGUGCCUGCUCCUGAUGUUCACUAUUUGCACGGGUGGCUUCCUGUUUGGAUACGACAUUGGUGUUAUCUCCGGAUGCCUCAUCAUGAAGGACUUUGUUUUGCGAUUUGGCGGCGGCUUGAAUCCUGAGACGGGCGCUUGGGAGCUCCCGACCCAGACCCAGUCACUGAUUACCAGUCUCUUGGGCGCCGGUACCUUCUUCGGUGCCCUUCUGCAAGCCCCCAUCUCCGACUGGCUCGGUCGUCAAAAAGCCAUGGUCACCUGGGCAGUCGUCUUUACCGUUGGCGCCGUCAUUCAGACUGCCACCGAAACGUCCCUCGCCCAGAUGAUCGUAGGUCGCUUCAUUGCUGGUCUUUCCGUCGGUGCACUCUCCGGCUUGUGCCCCUUGUACCUCGGUGAGACUGCCCCCAAGGCUAUUCGCGGUAUGAUGGUCUCGGGCUACCAGCUCCUGAUCAUUACCGGUAUCGCUGUGUCCUACGGUAUCUCUUGGGGUAGCUCCAACGCCGUCAACUCUUCGGCAUCAUGGCGUAUCCCCGUCGGGCUCCAGAUGCUCUGGGGUGUCGCUCUCAUCGGCCUCAUGGUCUUCCUUCCCGAGUCCCCUCGUUGGGAGCUUCAACGCGGCAACCAUGACCGCGCUCGUAUUACCAUGGCCGGCAUGCGUGGCAUCUCCCUUCGCGACACCCCUCAGGGUCGCCGCGGAGACGACGCCAUGGAGGAGGAGCUCGAGGAGAUGGAGUACUUCAUCGGCAAGGAGCGCGAGGUCUUCAAGAACACCAACUAUGUUACCUCAUACGUCCGCUGCUUCUCCCUCGACCGCCAGCUGUGGCGUCGCACCCUGACUGGCUGCCUGGUCCAAGUCUUCCAGCAGCUCAACGGCCAAAACUUCUACUACUACUACGGCCCUACCUUCUUCUCUGCCGCCAACGUGUCGCUCAACUCGUAUGAGAUCCAGUUCAUCCUGGGUAUCGUCUCUUGGGUCUGCACCUUCCCCGCCCUCUACCUCAUCGACAAGGCCGGACGUCGUCGCUCUUUGAUCUGGGGCAACUUCGUCUGCUUCGUCUGCGCCUUCAUCGUAGCCUUUGUCGGCAAGUACUCGCUUGCUCCCGCUGGCUUGCCUGCAGACCAGGUCACUUCCGGUCAGCACGCUGCAGGCAAUGCCUUCAUCGCAUUCGCCGUCUUCCACCUGGCAUCCUUCUCCGUAGCCGUCGGACCGACCCCCUGGGUUCUUCUCUCGGAGCUCUACCCUCAGGAGCUUCGCGCCAAGUGCGUCUCCUUGGGCAGCGCCUCCAACUGGUUCUGGAACUUCAUGCUGGGCUACUUCAGCCCUCCUCUCAGCGCUCAAUACGGCCCCUUGAUCAUGCUGAUCUUCGGUUCUCUGUGCCUCACGGCCGCCAUCUUCGUCUUCCUCGUCCUCCCCGAGACCCGCGGUCUGUCCCUCGAGCAGGUCGACCUCCUGUUCCAGAGCGGUGUCAAGCCCUGGAAGUCUCGCGACUGGGUCCCCCCUGUCGGCGAUGCCAACCGCAACACGCUGGGUACGGCGAAGAAGGUUGCGGCCGAGACUCACGCUUGAGGAGGAGGCGGCGGCGGCGCUGAGGCAUGCGCGGACUGUGGCGCAUUGUCCUGCCCUGUGACGUUCUGUGCUCUCUUCUGAUCCUUCCUGUUGUUUUACAUAUCCCGAUUUGAAUCAAAGAGACACGAAUAUAUGGUGAUGAUAAGUGG